AUGGAGGAUCUUGAGAGCAGCUUUCCAUUGAUAGCUGAGGCAAGGGCAUCGAUUGCCCAGGGAGAGUUUGAGCAUGGGAUUGGGAUAUACACUGAGAUUCUGGAGACGGUUGAUCCUGACGAUGGGAAGAGCCCAUACAUAUACCUUGAGUAUGCAAAUGCACUUAUUAUGAAUGCAAACAUGUUUUUUAUGGAUGAGGUAUCACGGAUCAGUGCGAAGAGGGGAUUGAAUCUUGAGGAAAGGAAGUGGGCGGAAGACGACCUUGAAACAGCAUGGAAUAUGCUGGAGAUAUGCAAGAAUGCAUUUGUGAUUCUGAAAGAUUACUCAUGCCUAGCACGAUCAAGGUUUCUGCUUGGGGAGAUAUGCUUGCUGAACAAUGAGUUUAGAGAUGGAUUGCAUGAGCUUGUUGAGUGUGUUGCUGUGAUGGACAAAAUAUACGAGAAGGACUAUGUUGGAUAUGCGGAUGUUUACCUGUCUAUUUCGACCUGCUAUGAGUUUCUAGAGGACUUUGCGAUGAGUAAAGAGUACUGCAACAAGGCAGUGAUGGUGUACAAUGCAGAGAAGGAAAGAAGUAGCAGUGAAGAGAGCAAGAAUGAGAUAUGUGACGUCAUAGGCGAACUUCUGCAAAAAGCCAACGAGUUGGGAUACAAGGAGCAGCGGAUUGAAAAUGCAGGUCUUCCGAGUGAGCAAGAGUCUGAUAAUGUUGUGAUUAAUAUAAAUGCCUGUAAACGUAAUAAAAGGUGA